GCUGAAUGAGAUAUGGCGACUUCAACAAGACCAAGUGACAGCCUUGCUGGGGGUGGCACCAGAUACGGCGAAUGAGGCGCUGCCUCUUGUGGUUUGAAUGAUGAAAAUGGAUCCUUCAGCCAGAACGAUACAAAGAGCAAUUCAAGAUUGCCGAUUACAUCAGCGCUCGUACAGAAGGCGAAAGGAAACGAACCUCUUGAACCAGAGUUUGAGCAAGUAUGCAAUGAUCUUUCGUCAAAGCGAAUACCAACAAGAUCCUUUGAGGAACUUGGUGAGUAUCUCUCCUUGCAUCCUCAAAAAAUGGUGGUUGGCAAUCACACUGUCGUGGCGGAGGCCUUUGAUAGAUUGGGCGUUCACAAAUUUGAAGUAUCCCGCGAUUCCUAUCCGGAAUUACUGAGACCCUAUCUGAAGCGACCAGUGUGGCGAACGAUCGUGAAACAACUCAAGCGAGCUGCCCGCGACAAUGGGCAAUUCUUACCCCAGCCACUGUUUGUCAAGCCCUACGACUCCCGUUCCUUUACCGGGUGUAUGGUGGCCUCCUUGGAUGAUCUCCACUGCAAGCUUGGUGGUGUUGGGGGGGGGGGGCGGUGCAGUAAUUGGGUGGGGGGGGGUGCAAGACCUAGAAGGCUCGGAAGAAGCCACGGCAAAGCAUAUGGCGUGGACUUUGGGCUCAUGGAUUCCCUCAGUAGCAAACACGGGGAGACGGAGAAAGCUCUGGUUGAAUGGAACGAUGGCUUUGCCUUGGGUUCCUAUGGUUUGGAUGCUAGAAACUACACGGCAUUUUUGAAUUUCUUAGCCAAAUCGAAAAAAAACAGCACCUCCACCAUGAUGUUGUCCUCCGUUCAAGCCUUCAGGGCCAGCCUGUUCAUGCUCUUGCUCUUGGCAGCGACCACAGCACAGGAUAACAUGACCGCGGGCGAAAUUAUGACACUACCUCCUGAAACUUUACCAAGCGGUGGAAAUCCAAUGGUGACGGCGAAUCCAGACAGCCAAGUAGGGACUGUGGGUCCAACUUCGCAAGUUUUGAAUCAAACUUUUGCACAGACGUUUUCUCCAAAGCCUACACCAGCUCCUGCUGGCGAUGCACCAGCCAGCGCCCCUACCGAUGGAAGUGGGGCAGCACACAUUAUGGCUACCAAUGCGCAAAUAGCUGCUGUGGUUGGCUUAGCAGGUGUGGCUAUUGCUCUGUUGUAG